AUGGGUGAGGACAACGGCCACAGUCCCAGCGAGGAGCAGCCUCCUCCUCUGCCUCCACGCCCUUCGCUCGACUCGAACCAUUCGGUAGAUGCCAGAAUGGCAAUGGCAGCUGCCACCACCGCCGUCACGCCUCUCGACAUCCAAACUCUCUCCUUUCCAGAUGGCUCCCGCGGCACUUUCUCGACACCAGGCACAAGGGCUGUCUCGACGCCGACACAGUCGUCCAAAAGCGGCCAGGGUACACCGACGAGAACACUGAAUGAGGGGGAGGACUCGAUGAGCAUCACAAGCUUUGCGCCGACGCUGCGGCCCGCCGGCGACAUUGCAAGCCUACUAGUGGGGGAGUUUAACAAGAGGAGCCCUGCGUGGAACCUGCUCAGAUCACAGUCGGCAACGGUACCACCCUUUGAAAGUCUAAGGAUGGAUGAUACGACACGCAACCUGGCCGGGUUCGAGAACGAGUUUGAAGAUAUUCCCGAUGAAUCCGAUCCGAACUUUACAGACGAGGAACGAGUGACGAUUUGGAAGUCGAAGUUGAAACAUUACAUGAUCCUCUCGUCGGCGGGAAAGCCCAUCUACAGCCGGCAUGGUGACUUGGGGCUCAUUAACUCAUACAUGGGCGUCAUUCAGACGAUUAUCUCUUUCUACGAAGGGGCUAAGGACCCCUUGACCGGCUUCACAGCCGGUCAUACGCGAUUUGUCAUAGCGACCCAGGGACCUUUAUAUUUCGUCGCUAUCAGUCGGCUCGGGGAGAGUGACUCUCAGCUCAGGGCGCAGCUCGAAGCUCUAUAUAUGCAAAUUCUCUCAACGCUUACUCUACCAGUUCUGACGAACAUAUUUGUUCAUCGUCCGUCCACUGAUCUUCGCAAACCCCUUGAGGGCACCGAACCACUCAUCUCAUCACUUGCGGACAAUUUCACCAAGGGUUCACCAUCCGCCUUACUCGGGGCAUUAGAGUGCCUCAAACUACGCAAGUCCCAAAGACAUGCGAUCAACAACGCGUUUCUCAAACAGAGGACCGACAAGCUGCUGUAUGGUCUCAUUGUAGCUGGCGGCAAGCUUGUAAGCGUCAUCCGCCCACGCCGUCACUCCCUACACCCCAGCGACCUUCAGCUCAUCUUCAACAUGCUCUUCCAGUCCAGCGGUAUCAAGGCAGGUGGCGGCGAGAACUGGAUCCCCUUGUGUCUGCCCGCUUUCAAUAACCGCGGUUACCUCUACAUGUACGUCAGCUUCUUCGAUGGCGUCGAUGGCGAACAAGCCACUACACAAGACCCCACCGCAGAUAAAGACGAGGAGCUGGCGAUUAUCCUCAUCAGCCCAGAUAAGGAAUCCUUCUUCGAACUUAAACAAAUGCGCGACGCUGUCGCCGCAUCCCUCGCCCAGUCUGGCCACCUCGCCAUCAUACAAGCCGCCGCCCGCGCCGGUCGACCUAAUGCUAUCGACAUCGCCCCAGGUGGCCAGAUAUCCCACUUCCUCUACAAAUCCCGCGCAAACGUCCAGUUCAGCAUGUCCGCCCUCGACCCCGUCUUCUCCUCCCUCAUAGCCCGUCGCCGCCUCAUGACAUUAUAUCACCAGCUCCACGCCGCCGUGCAUGCGAAGCACUCCCACAUGCGCGUCUUGCACUCCGUCUCCGAGGGCGCCACCUCCCUAGCAUGGAUCACACCCAUCUUCGAAUUCUACUGCGUUGCAGGCCCCAACGUUAGCCGCGCCGUCGUUACUCAAGGUGCCAACAAGGUCAUCCAGUGGGCUCGUCGUGAGGAGGAACGGAUCUUCAUUAUCGGGGGAGGUGUAUUCUAA